CGGGGCCCGGGGCAGCAGCACCUCCCGAAAUAGCUGGGGCAGAGACCUAUAUAGGCGGCCAUGCCCCCAGCAGGCUCACUUCCCGACAGGAUCGCCCACCAGCCCAGCCCUUGAGUGCAGGCUCCAGCCCUCCGCCCCCACCCGAGUUGCAGGAUGGCGAUGACAGAGUUGCUCAACGCUGAGGACAUCAAGAAGGCAAUAGGCGCCUUUGCGGCCGCCGAGUCCUUCGACCACAAAAAGUUCUUCCAAAUGGUGGGGCUGAAGAAGAAGAGCACGGAAGACGUGAAGAAAGUGUUCCACAUCCUGGACAAGGACAAGAGCGGCUUCAUCGAGGAGGAAGAGCUGGGAUUCAUCCUGAAGGGCUUCUCCCCAGACGCCCGAGACCUGUCUGUGAAAGAAACCAAGACGCUGAUGGCUGCCGGCGACAAGGAUGGGGACGGCAAGAUCGGGGCGGAUGAAUUCUCCACUCUGGUGUCUGAAAGCUAAGAGGUGCUGACUGCCUGCUGGGACCUUCCACCCCCCACCCCGAAGCCCCCGUCACAGCCCCCCCUCCUGCUGUUCGGUUUGUUUAUGUCAUUUUUUACUCCCCCGACCCCUGCGACCCUCAGAUGAACACCCCCACACACACCCCCCGAUUAUUCUGGAAAAUGAUGGAGAGACAAUAAAGGCCAUACCAAUCAGA